AUGAAGAAAGAGUUUCCAAUGACUGGGGGAAGUCUGAUUAACUCCUUCUUGGGCAUAGCGGCAAUCCAUAAUGCCAAAGGCAUGUUCCUACAUCAAACAAAGUAUGCAGAGGAGAUUCUAAUCCGUGCAGGUAUGCAAGACUGUAAACCGGUCUCCACUCCUGUUGAUCUUAAGUCAAAACUUGCAGAGGACAUUGGCAAACCAGUGGAAGAUACUACGCACUACAGAAGCUUAGCAGGCGCUUUACAGUAUCUGACAUUUACACGGCCAGACAUCGCAUACGCUGUUCAACAAAUAUGUUUAUUCAUGCAUGAUCCCAUCCCAGAGACCUUCACUUACAAGCUCUACGGCGCAUUCUACAUUACAUACAAGGUACCAAAGACAAAGGUUUACAACUGUUAA